CUUCAUACAACAGAUGCGAUAUCCCCGGUGAUUUUUUUGAAAUGUUAAGGUUCAUUGAACGUUCCGCCCUGUUGUUCUGCGGGGGCACCUUGGUGGCUGGAUUCGGUCCCGACAGCCAUCAAAACCCACUUGUAUUUCGGACCUGUCUCCCGGCGGCGGAACAUGCUGCGAACAAUAACGCCGUCAACAGCUUCCCGGAUUGCAGCCGAGACCCGCUCUGCUCGAACGACGUAUGCGAUGAGACCCUCUCGCCGAAAGAGCGGGCCGCAGCGCUGGUAGCCGAGCUCACGAUCUGGGAAAAGUUGGAUAACCUUGUGAACGAGGCGCCUGGCGUUCCGCGACUCGCCAUUCCGCCGUAUGAGUGGUGGUCUGAGGGCCUUCACGGAGUCGCGUCGUCCCCAGGUACCAAGUUUGCCAAGAGCGGCAACUUUAGCUACGCGACUUCGUUCCCGCAACCGAUUGUCUUGGGCUCGGCUUUCGAUGACGACUUGGUCAGAGCUGUCGGGGAAGUGGUCAGCAAGGAGGCGAGGGCGUUCAACAACCGCGGCAGGUCCGGCCUCGAUCUCUACUCCCCGAAUAUCAAUGCGUUCAAGGAUCCUCGUUGGGGCCGUGGUCAGGAGACUCCCGGCGAGGACCCCUUCCACCUACAGAGCUACGUCGCAGCUAUGCUCACAGGACUUGAAGGAGAGGAUCCUUCCAAAAAGCUAAUAGCGACAUGCAAGCACUACGCAGCUAAUGACUUUGAGAAUUACAAAGGUGUCGACCGCGCGGGCUUCGACGCAAACAUCACCACCCAGGACUUAUCUGAGUACUAUCUUCCGCCCUUCAAAACCUGUGCAGUUGACAAGAAGGUCGGUUCGUUCAUGUGUAGCUACAACGCCAUCAACGGAGAACCCCUCUGCGCAAACCCCUACCUUCUGGAGGAUAUCCUCCGUCAGCAUUGGGGUUGGAACGGGGAUGGGCAAUAUGUCUCAACGGACUGCGAUUGUGUCGCUCUGAUGGUGUCGCAUCAUCAUUAUGCUCCGGACCUUGGACACGCGGCGGCCUGGGCGAUGAAAGCCGGCACCGAUUUGGAAUGCAACGCAUUUCCUGGUUCAGAAGCCUUGCAACUCGCUUGGAACCAGUCCCUCAUUUCCAAAGAGGAGGUCGACAAAUCUCUCACGAGAAUGUAUACAGCGCUCGUAUCCGUUGGCCAGUUCGAUUCGGCCCAAGGGCAGCCGCUGCGCUCGCUGUCGUGGGACGACGUGAACACGAAGGAGGCGCAGAAGCUUGCAUACCAAGCAGUCAUCGAAGGCACUGUGCUCUUGAAAAAUGACGGGAUACUACCCUUGUCAGCUUGGCGUGAAAAGAAGUAUGCACUCAUCGGUCCCUGGAUAAACGCAACGACGCAGAUGCAGGGUAACUACUUCGGUCCUGCACCGUACUUGAUCUCACUCUACCAGGCCGCAAAGGAAUUAGGGUUGGAAUUCUCUUACUCUUUGGGCUCCAAGAUCAACAGCACCGAUGAUUCGUUUCAACAAGCGCUCGACUCAGCCCACGCUGCUGAUCUGAUUGUUUUCGCAGGCGGCGUCGACAACACACUGGAAGCUGAGACUCGCGACCGCAAGACAUUAGCUUGGCCUGAACCCCAGCUUGAUCUUCUUCGCGCCGUGUCCGAGCUUGGGAAGCCUGUCAUCGUGCUUCAAUUCGGUGGAGGGCAGAUUGACGAUACCGAGCUCCUUGCUAACGACUCUAUCAAUGCGCUUCUAUGGGGUGGAUACCCAGGCCAGUCAGGAGGAAAGGCCAUCCUUGAUCUCCUAUUCGGCCGUGCCGCGCCUGCUGGUCGACUCUCGGUUACGCAAUAUCCUGCGUCCUACAACGAAGACGUCCCAUCAACGGACAUGAACCUUCGACCCGGUCCAGGGAACUCGGGGUUAGGGCGCACUUAUAUGUGGUACAACGGUGACGCAGCUGUGCCCUAUGGGUUUGGUUUGCACUACACGACAUUCGACGUCAAGUUGAAAGCGAGGCGGGCGUCAGCCCUUAUCAAAACGGAGGAAGUCUCUUCCCUUUUGAGCAACGACCAUUUCUCGGGAGCCUUGACGUGGCAGCAGAUACUGACGAAACCUGUCGUCAGCGUCUUCAUUACAGUAUCGAAUACAGGCAACGUGGCCUCGGAUUAUGUGGCAUUGUUGUUUUUGAGAUCCAACGCUGGCCCAACCCCUCGACCGACGAAGACGCUUGCAGGGUAUCACCGCUUCAGAAACAUACAACCCGGAGACAAGUCUGAGAGAGAAGUUUCAAUUACAAUUGAACGUCUGGUCAGAGUUGAUGAGCUGGGAAAUCGGGUGCUACAUUCCGGGUCUUAUGAACUGUUUGUGGAUUUGGACGAAAAGUCGACACAUGAAUUCAGGGUCGAAGGCCCUUCAGUGAUGGUCGAAGAGUUUCCGCAGCCUAGGGAUCGCAAUUAGGACUGAUCUUAGUCGAACCUAUCAAAAACUUUUCUGAAACUUAUGGAGGGUCUAGGUAGAACAUACAUGCCCAUGGCUAGGCCGGAUGGUCUUUUUGGGCCUGAUCAGCCGAUGUGACUGACUAUGAGAUGAAUUGGAUAACUACUCAGACGGGCGACAAGUCUGGCCACCGUAGCAUCAAACCAGAAUAAAGCACCUGA